AUGGAACGCUCGCGCGGCAGCAUCUACGAACACGACAUCCCCUCGCUCAGCGCAUCGCUCGAGGCCUUCGACCCCGAGCGCAGCCAGCUCGCGCACUCGGCCUACAGCGCGCGCUCCAACAUGCACUCGUCGCGCUGGAGCCUCCCGCCGCACGACGCCGACGCCGACGACGAAGACCACGACUCCGAGGGCCCCUGGGCGCCGCCCGCGUGGCAGAACCGCAACAACCAGUGGCACCGCCGCUCGCUGCUCCACUCUAGCCGCUCGCCCUCGUACUACCGCACCGACCGCGAGACGACGCCCUCGCGCAUCCCCCUGCCCGACUCGCCCACCAAGAACACGCCCCAGGGCAGCCCCGAGCCCGACGACCUGCGCUGCCCCACCGCCGGCAUCGCCAACCUGGCCGCGCGCCUGCAGAGCCCCCCCAUGGACGACGUGCGCGAGGAGCCCGACGACACGGCCCUGUCGCACUCGCACGCCCACGCCCACGCCCACGCCCACACCGACGCCGAUGCCGACGCCGACGCCGACGCCCACUCGCACGACCCGAGCACCAUGGACGGCUUCGUGCGCUUCGCCAUCCGCGGCGAGACGCUGUUCCGCACCGAGCCCCUCGAGCACACCCUCGCCACCCUGGCCACCGCCGUCGCCAUCUUCACCCGCACCCGCCGCAACCUCGUCAUGACCCUCGCCACCCUCGUCCUCAGCUGGCUGCUGCUGCACCCCUGGAACUCCGCCCUGAUCCCCGACGUCGCAAACGUCGCCAACAUGGCCAAGCAGUUCGAGCCGCUCAUGUACGCCAGCGAGAACGUCAUCCCCCGCUCGCGCGAGCUGGCCGACGCGAGCAUCGCCGUCCAGGACCUCGGCGAGAGCGUCCGCGCCACCAACAUGUCCGCCUCGACCGUCAUCAUCGACCAGCUCGACGACCUGGCCGACAGCCUGAAGGUCCUGUCCGAGAAGAUCACCUCCUUCUUCACACACGUUGACGGCGACAUGGACAGCAUCCUCAUCACCAUGGAGUGGGCCCGCCGCGAGCUCUCCUCGAUCCACUCCCCCAAAGCCGGCAUGCUCGACACCCUCGUCAGCAACGUCCACGGCGCCCUGUCCCUGGUCGGCGCCCUCGACGUCGACGGCACCCCCACCUCGCUCGGCCGCGUCGUCAACGACGUCCUCGGCCACACGACCCAGCAGCGCUCGCGCGCCACGCUCCAGCGCACCUUCGACUACCUCCUCUCCACGCUCGAAGAAAACAUCCAAAACGAGCUCGCCCGCGCCGACAUCCUCUUCCGCCUCUUCGAGUCCGUCGACCGCCAGUUCCACAACCUGCACCGCAGCGUCGCCCGCGAGGAGGACUCGCUUGCCACCCGCAAGGACGAGUUCCUCGCCUCCAUGUGGCGCAACACCAUCACCAACAAGCUCAAGAUCGCAAAAUACGAAAAAAAUCUCAAGCUGCUCAAGGACGUCCGCGCCUCCACCCUCAUCAACAAGAGCGAGUUGAAAUCCCACAUCCAGGUCAUCAACAGCGUCAAAGACCAGCUCGACAAAGCCCGGCGGAACCUAGUCGGUCCCCUGAUUCGACGCGCCCAGAGUAGUUCCUUCGGCCUCGAGGGACAGCUCGAGGAGGUCGAGCGCACCUAUGGCUUUCUCAAGGGCGUGAGGGACACGCAGAAACAUCGCGUCUUGCGCGAGCUGUGGGGCGAGCCCAAACGCAGGGUCACCAUUACGAACGGGAGGGACGAGGCCGAGGCCGAGGGGAGGGAGGUGGAGGGGAAUGAGUAG